AGUCAAAUGGACCAUAAAGCAGAGUAUGCUUUAGGGCAGGGCUACCUUGUGAUUGACACAUCGCUACUACGGUGUUGUCUUGGAACUUUAACCCUUUCACAGUGUUUUCAGUUCUCUAAAAAGAUAAUCGAAAUAUUUUGGCGGCCUAAAAUGUCAUUGUUUGGUUGUACUUAACUCCACCCUCUAGGGUCACUUCAAGAUGGAAAAAACUAAGCUGGCGACGGCCAGAAAACCAAACUCGAGGCUUCAAAACUGUAGUCGGCAAACAAACGGGUGAUUUCACGGUGACUAUGUCCACUUCUUCCAUACAGCCUAUGGUUUGGAAAGCGGUUUCCCCAUUUCCAUUCUUUGCGCUAAGCUAGACUAAUCAUGUUCUGACUCCAGCUUCAUACUUAACGCACUGACUUGCGGUUGAUAUAAAUCUACUUAUGUCACUUGGAAAGAAAGCAAAUAAGCGUAUUUCCCAAAAUUCUGAAAUAUUCUUUUACUUUGAAAUGCCGUAAAUGUCUUUACAGCACAGUGUAUGCUGUGUAUACCUGUUUAUGAUUUGGUACAGUAAGUAACUUGUCAAGCUGCGAGAGGAAUAUCUCCACAAACAUCUGUAUAUCUUCAGAAUACUGGUCUCCAAAUCUCACCGGGAAAACGUCCUAAAAUUGAGCGAGUGACAUUGAUUAACAGUCAGGAUGAAAAUAUCUCAAAAUCACACAACCGGAGACACGUACCUGGAAGAAGUGCUGCCUCUCCUGCUGGUCUUUAAGCAGGGUGUGAAUGAGCCCAAGGAGGCCCGGUGCAGUCGACCCAUCUCCUGAAUCUCUUAUCUAUGAUAAAGGGCAAAAGUCAGCAAGUUCUGGUUGUCAUUUAAGAGAAGAGAAUAGAAACCACAAAACGUGUGAAAUACAGACAAAUGUACCUCUGAGUUCCACAGUGAAGUGAUUAUGUCCAGGUGUGGCUGAAUGGUCUUAAUGUCUAUUGUCUGCUCUGGGCGACACAACUCCAGUGUCAGCUAAAACCAAGACAAAAUUGACAAAUGUUUUAAACUUCAGCCGUAUGUGACGAGCAAACACGUAUGAGUUGUCGUGUGUCUCUAAACAGCAAAUAAGUUGCAAAAGGAAACUCAAUAUCGCAACAUAUUGGCUUCCUCACACGGUACCUGAGCCCGGAGGCCAAGGCUCAGCAAACACCUCUGUCUGGGAUUAAGAAGCUCUGGGACGAUCUCAGUGACUGCUGUCACAAAGUCGUCCAGCAGCCCGUAAUUGGCCACAACUUUCUGCUGGACAGUCUCCCAGAUAGCUGCAGAGACCAGCCGGAGCGGUGGGACCAGGAGACGCAGACAGGACAAGGGCAGAGGGGCAGCUGGAUAACGAGAGAAUAAUGAGUUGUUUAAAAAGCAGUACAGACAGAAAAUAUUGUGGUAAUUCAGGAAAAACAAGCUGUAAUAAAUGAGCAUGUAGAAUAGAUGAAUGAUAUUAAAAAAAUUAAAAUAAAAUAGUUGGAGGGUGAAGAAGGUAUUUCUUCGGCAAAUCAUGUGAUGCACAAUAGGCCUAUUAUUCAUAAUUGUUAUAUUUCGAUGCCCCAUUUGUAGAGCAGGAUUUGGUCAUUUUUCUUAAAGUUUUGGUCUGUUAAUUGGAAACGUUUCAACACACUGCUUGUUACGGUCCUCACCGUUAUACUUUAAUGGAAGAAAAUGAUCGAAAUGACAAGUGAACCGAAUACGAAAGCUAAACAUCUCUCGCGACGGGUCUUGUUCAACGCAUGCCAUGCGUGCCGAAUUGUAGAGUAGAUUCAGACACGGUCCUUGAAUUCCAUUUCAAGGGCAAUGUCCGUCUGGGGGAACAAAAACGCGAAUGUCGUCUUAAUUUGACGGAUUCAGAACGGAGUUCUGUGUCAUGUUUGAAUAAGAGAGGCACGACGGGCGACGUUUGUGAAACGUUCAACCGUAAUACUGUCCCGCAACAGUCCUGCGCAACACAAAAAAACAAAGCUAAUAGCAAGAAUUAACUCACACAAUAAACCCUGGAAGAAAGAUAAUGCAACAUAUAUAGCUAAUGCUCACUUUUUUGUUGACACGUUAAAUUACGUUCAUCGAAGAAACAAACAUUAAAAAAAAAAACUGUUUUUCAGCGGGAUAUUUAAGGAACGAGGCCACGGCGAUGAUGUCACACGCGAUAAAUAUAUAUAUAAAUAUAUGUAUAUUUUUGCGAAACAUGACUGCUACCUGUCUUCUCUGACACGUGGUGCAUAAUUCGGCUUCACCGGUUACGUUCUCCUCUCAGAAAUGGCAACAAACCAUGGCGUUAAGCAGUUAAAGACAAACAGAGUGAGCAUUUAGAUGAAUCCGGGGACACAUUUAGCGGUAACUCAGGAAGUGCAGACUAUGCGGAAGUGGAUGUCUGUUGACAUACUGGGCAGAGACCGCACAGGUGAAAGACUAUCUGUGUAACCUGCGAGAAAUAACAAUAGAACAGUGGGAUUACAAGGCUAAGAUGGCGAGUAUAUAGCAGCAGGUUUUCUUAAAAACCACCGCACCCCCAGGUUUGUUUGUUUGUUGUCUUGGAAUUGGAGACAUGCCCUGGCGUGUUGGUUUACAAUUGGCUGCCAUUACCACCUUUAUCAUCAUCUAAUAUUGAGUACGUCUCAGUGCUAAUCCACCGGCCAGUCCGUUCACGUCUUCGAGACUGCAGCCGCUUGUCUGUCCGCUUUCCUACUCAGGGUUGUUGUCCGUUAUGUGUCAUCUACAGCUGAGGACACUGGUUUUUGUAGCGUGGCUGCUGGGUUACGUCGCCUUCCUGGUCUCCAUCAGGAAGAUGUGGACGGGGAAAUACGUCCGUAGCCCACUCGCCCGCUCGCUGUUUAUGAACAUGGCGAGCGAGAACGAAGCGUCCGCGGUUGAGACGCAAGAGUGGUACCGGUGCGGACCUGAGCUGCUCGGAGAUUCAGUGCGACCCCUCUUUGUCCAGAGCCACCUGGACUCGGGCACCAAGGCUUUUCUCAAGGAGAGCGUGGAGAAGUCUGGCUGGCUGUUCACCCAGCUCUAUCACUCGUUCGUAUCAACGGUCCUUGGCCCACUGGUCUCUCGCACCUCUAUUAACGGGUUUCUGGGUCGUGGCUCUAUGUUUGUGUUUUCCACGGAGCAGUUCCAGCGGCUGCUCCGUAUCGACCCGGAGUGGAGGGCCGACAGGCUCCUGGAUCUCGGAGCCGGGGACGGGGGUGUCACAGAGGUGAUGGGUGCCCAUUUCAGAGAGGUCUACGUAACCGAGGUUUCGCCGCCCAUGAAAUGGCAUCUCCAGAGGAGGAAUUACAAACUGCUGGGCAUCGACGAGUGGCAGCAGACUGAUUUCCAGUACGAUGUGAUCAGCUGUCUGAACCUGCUAGACCGCUGUGACGAUCCUCUGCAUCUCCUGCGGGACAUUAAGCUGUCGCUGGUUCCCAACACGGGGAGGCUCAUCCUGGCUGCAGUGCUCCCCUUCCAGCCCUAUGUGGAAAUCGGAGGAAAAUGGCAGCGUCCCAAAGAACACGUUAAAGUAAAAGGAAAAACGUGGGAGGAGCAAGUGACCAACCUGUCCAAUGAGGUUUUCCGGAGGGCGGGGUUCGAGGUGGAGGCCGUGACCCGCUUGCCGUACCUCUGUGAAGGGGACAUGUAUAACGAUUACUACGUUCUAGACGAUGCCGUUUUUGUUCUCAAGGCCUCAGAGGAGAGGUCAGAGUCUGCCUGAAUACCAAAUGCAACGUGGAACUGUGGGAGACCCCGCCAACGCUCCUGGAUGGAUUUUGGUGCAAUUUUCGUACGCUUCAUUCAUAAAACACAGUAUUUCUGAUGGUAUUUCUUUAGAAAUGGUGAGGCAGCUGUGAAGCUCAGGUACUGUAGUUCCUACAUUUACCAGCCAUGUAGUGUGACAGUGAUACCUCUACUUUUUAAAUAAACUAACUAACUGAACGACAGUUAGCCUGUAUUAAAAUGCCACUGAAGAUCAAGUCUUCUCAGACAUGUCACUAUGCUGUAGGUGUUCGGUUAUCCAUGAAAAUGUUAACGCUUAUUGUUUCAUCAUUGUGGAAUGAAAAUAAUCCUCGGUGAAUAUUUCAGUUUGUGAUGAAGAGGAUCAGUAUAUGCACACACUUGAUUUAAACAUUGUAUUACAUUACAGUAAAUAACAGUAAAAUGAUGGCGACCACAGCUGCUAGUAGUUUACUGUAAUUAAACAGGGAUUUUUACAUUUUUACAGUGAUUUCCUCUGUUAUGUUGGCACUGCUGCUGGGAACUUGGGGCGUCGGGAGAACGGACAUUGCUACGGGAUGGGGUCAUUAUCGAACCCCUCCUCACUUGAACAGAAAGGUUACACAACUGAGUCGUUAAUUACACUACUACUACAAUGCUGCCACUACACAACGUAAUGUUAAUGUUGUCAGAUGUCCCCACAUUUGACCUAUUGUUAAAAUGAAAAUUGCUGAUUAGUGCAGCUUUAAUGCUAAAACAGUGUAGCUGUAUGUAGGAAAAAAAGAUUGCUGUCAGUUACACAGCAAUAUAGCUACAGUUUACCAACAUUAGCCACCACACGCGAAUGGUAGCACUGUAGCAGAAAAACCCAAGUACACUAAGCAAGGGUGUGUUUUUUUAAUUGUAAGAGGAAGAUAUUAUUUAGUCUUUCAACAGUUACAUGGUCUCGUUUUAAAUCAGUGGUGCACAAAUGCACUAUUAAAAACGUCCUACAAUUAAUGCAAUAUUUGUAUUGAAAGAGUAUCAUAUGGGUCCCAGAAUAAAAAAAAAUACACAUAAUGAA